ACAUCUAUCCCAAACUAAAAAUUCCCUCCUUCCCUCGUUUUCUGCUCUCUUCUUCCCUUAACCCCCACUUUGCAUCAAAAACCCUCCACUUUCUAUCUUUCGCCCUCUAAACCCCCCUCUCCACCUUCUCUCCCUAACUUCUCAGAUCUCCAUUUACUUUAUCCAAUCGGAUUCUCUGUUUCUCUCUCCCCGCUGAUUAUUUUUUCUCCAUUGCCAUGUCCGGCAGCGCUAGAGCAUCCACCCGCCCGCCCGCCACGGCGGCCUCGUCUCCUCCACAGGGACCGAUCCUGCCGCCUCUUAGACGGCAUCUUGCUUUUGCCACAAUGAAGCCGCCGUUUGUUCCUCCUGAUGAUUACCAUCGGUUUAGUUCUCCAAGUAAAAAUAAAGCCGCCGAUCGGGAAGUUGAGGGUAUUGUCGUGAGGUCUCCUCCUUUAAAACGAAAGGGCAGCUCGGGUGAAAACCGUGGCGAUUCUAGUGAAUGGGCAAGUAGUGAUGUAUCUAAUAGUCCUUUCCAAACACCAGUGUCUGCAAAAGGGGGAAGGAUAUACAACAGAUCAAAGGCCUCAAAGGGCAAUAGAUCAGGGCCUCAGACCCCAGUGUCAAAAAUUGAUUCUCCCUCUCCUCUUACACCAGCUGGAAGCUGCCGUUAUGACAGUUCCCUAGGUCUUUUGACAAAGAAAUUUGUCAAUCUAAUUAAGCAUGCUGAAGAUGGUAUGCUUGACCUAAACAAGGCUGCAGAAACUUUGGAGGUGCAGAAGAGGCGGAUAUAUGACAUUACAAAUGUCUUGGAAGGAAUUGGUCUCAUUGAAAAGAAGCUCAAAAAUAGGAUACGUUGGAAGGGAGUUGAUGCUUCAAGACCAGGAGAGCCAGAUGGAGAUGCCUCUUUAUUGCAGGCAGAGAUUGAAAAGCUUUCGAUGGAAGAGCGUGGACUAGAUGACCAAAUAAGAGAAAUGCAAGAAAGACUCAAAGGCUUUAGUGAAGAUGAAAUCAGUCAAAAGUGGCUUUUUGUGACUGAAGAAGACAUUAAGAACAUACCUUGUUUUCAGAAUGAAACACUCAUAGCAAUUAAAGCUCCCCAUGGAACUACCCUGGAAGUCCCUGAUCCAGACGAGGCUGUUGAAUAUCCACAGAGGAGAUACAGGAUAAUUCUUAGAAGCACAAUGGGUCCAAUUGAUGUUUACCUUGUAAGUCAAUUUGAGGAGAACUUUGAGGAGAUGAACGGUGAGCCAUCUACUAGUUUCCCACAUGCUUCUAGUUCUGGAUCUAAUGAAAUCCCAGCAAGAGAGAUCAUAAAUGAGCAGAGAAUGAUGAAAAGGUUUGAGCCUCAGGUGCACCAACAAGUACACAGUUCAUUUCUUGACCUUGAUGCUUCACAAGAUCUGGCUGGGGGAAUGAUGAAGAUUGUUCCUUCCGAUGUUAAUAAUGAUGCAGAUUACUGGCUUCUUUCAGAUGCUGAUGUUAGCAUUACAGACAUGUGGAGGACAGAUACGAAUGUUGAAUGGAGUGAGGACAUGCUUUCUGCUGACUUUGGAAUCCCUGACGUCCAUACUCCUAGGGCACAAACCCCACCAUCGGGAAUAGCUGAAGUGCCAUCUGGUGGAAACUCUACUCAGAGAAAUCUCCUAUGCCAAUUAUUUUCUGCUUAAAACGCCAAUGCGUUGCGUUGCCUGUGGAGUGGAAAUUGGAGCAGCAUAUGGAAGAAGCUGACAGAUGGUAAGCUGGGACUUAGUCCUAUACAUUUGACUAGAGUUGCAUUUAUUUGACCACAGUGGUCCAUCUGCAAAUAAAAUAAAAGCCACCAAAACAAAAAAGAAAAAGGAAAAAGAAACAGGAAUUCAAUACCGAGUGGGAUGGUGGAAUGGGAAUUUGAUACUGAGGGGGAUAGAAUAGGCAGUCGAAUUAUUAUAGGUUCAGAAACAUGAAGUCCCUAUUGUGUGCAUUUGGUAUUUGAAUGCAACAAAGUCUAAUCUGCUGUAAGAAUGGUGCACAGUAUAAUUUCAAGGUAGAAAUACCCGCCACCAGAAUUGAUUCAAUUGUAUCUUUUCAUAAAUCUUUUUUUUUUAGUUCUAAUUUUUAAUUUUAAUGGGUUGAAUCAACUGGUUUGGUUCAUUUGGUUCA